ACAUUAGCCUAAUCUCAUUCUCUCCUAUCAACCCGAUUCGAGCUGGGCUGAUACCAAAUUCUCCGGUCGGUCUCUAUCAUUUUUCGGUCAACUUUGGUGCAGCAAAAAUGCAGGAUGGAAUUAAAAUGGGCGGCAGCACUCGGUCCCGCCGUUUUUGGAUCAUUUUGGUAUCAGCAGUCAUAGGGGUGCCGGUUUUCGUCAUUUUGGUCCUGCUGAUGGUGGUUUUGAUCCAGGCGGCGGUGAUCACGGCACCGCAGGGCAACAUUGCGAUUUUGAAUAAUGCCAAUACCGAAGGAAUCACUGACGGGAAAAUACAGGAGCGAGCACAACGAUUGGCCGGAAUUCUGAAAAUAGAGACAGUGUCCUACGACGAAAACAACCAGAACAAGUCCGAGUUUCUGGUUCUUCACGAUUACCUAAGUGACAGUUUCCCAAAUAUUCACAGCAGUCGUUUUGUCGAAAAAUAUGUGGUGAACAAGUACAGCCUGUUGUACAAAGUGACCGGUUCAACGCGCGGAAAGCUUCCUUACUUGCUGACGGCACACAUGGACGUGGUUCCGGCAACGGCCGCAAACUGGGAACAUCCCCCAUUCGGUGGUGUCAUCGUAGACGACGUAAUUUGGGGACGCGGCGCCAUAGACGAUAAGGGAAGCGUCAUGGGCAUCAUGGAGGCUUUGGAGUAUUGGCUGAGUCAGGGGGUGCAGCCCAAGCGGACCUUCUUCAUCGCGUUUGGCCACGACGAAGAAACCGGUGGAAACAAAGGGGCGUAUCAUCUUGCCAUCAAACUAAGAGCAUUAGGGGUUGAAAAGCUUGAUUUCGUGCUGGACGAAGGGCUAAUGACCACUGAUAAGAUUCUACCUGGCGUUACAAAACCAGCUGCACUGAUUGGAGUGUCGGAAAAAGGAUUUUUGAACGUCCAACUGGAAGUCACGGGGACAUUGCAGCACUCCAGUUUCCCUCCAGCUGAGACCCCAAUUGGAAUUUUGGGCCGAGCCGUUGGGAAGUUGGAGGAAAACAAACACCCAAUUGUUUUUGGAACUGGUCCUGAAAGCGACACAUUUCACUACGUAUCCCCUGAUACUGAUUACGGAAUAAGGAUUUUCUACGCCAAUAUGUGGCUCUUUGGCCCUCUGAUGGCUUCAAUUAUGCAGAAUGACCCUCUUCAAAGCACUGUUGUAAAAACUUCAACCGGUCUAACCAUGUUCAACAGCGGCGUUAAAGACAAUGUGAUUCCGGACAAAGCAACCGCCUUAGUAAACCACCGAGUUCAUCCUGGGCAAACUAUUGACCAAGUUAUCGAGCACGACCGAUGGGCCAUAGGUGACGACAAAGUCAAAAUCACACAGACAGCCAGAAUGGACCCCCAUCCCGUUUCUCCUUUUGGUCCCGAAGCUCUCGCGUACCAACUGAUUUCAACUUCCAUUUACCAAACUUACGAAAACGUCGUGGUUGCACCUUGCAUAAUGAUUGCUAACACGGACACAAACCACUACUUGUCCUUCACAAAUAAAGUUUACCGAUACGUUCCUGUCUCGGUGACUCCGGAUGACGUGAGCAGGUACCACGGGGACAACGAGCGAAUCCCAAUCGACGACUACGCACACAUGUUGGACUUUUACUUCCGCUUCAUGCAGAACUCCGACCUGGUUUUCGACUUGGCGCCGAACGAGACGCAGGAGCUCGGCGACGAGUUGUGAGAGAAGAUUGAUUUUGUGACAAAUAGACACUCGACACGAGCACACUUAGUCGGGGCCGUUUGCUUUUUACAUUAAAAGUGACGACUGCGAGAACUUUUUAAUUUCAUUCCAAAGAGCAGAAGGCGGCGAGAAACUUUUCUGGCGAACUAACUCGUCGUGGGGGAAAGCGAAAGGCAUGUGCGGGAGUGCCGGCUGAGCAGGGCGGCAAAUCAAAACGACGCCGACUCUGCGAAAUGAAUUCGUCUACAAAUUGAAUUAAGUUGCAGCGCGACGGGCACGGAAAAGCAUGAAUUUGAUCUAGAUUUAAUUGAUGACCUAUCAUAUUUGAUUUUUCUAUAAUGUAUAAAAAUUUGGCUCGUUUUAAUUGUUUUUAGCACACUAAUAACUAUAAAAUAAAUUAAUUUUAUAUCAAAUUCAAUAUUACCGUAUAAUUUUAAUUAACUGAAAGAUGUUGCAAUGCUAUUAGGGAUCAGUUGAGGAUAAA